AACGCCUCUCUCUCUCUCUCUCUCUCUCUCUCUCUCCCCAUAGAGUCAGUCUGGUCUUGUCUCAGAGCAAAUAAUAAUAAGAUCGAAAGAAAAUGAAGUUGAAGAUUCCUCCCACGGUGCUGUGUCUACUCUCGCUAUCUAUUAUUAUCAGAUCAGCUGCUUCUUCUCCCCACGAUCAAUUUCUUGGAAUCGCUCCCCAAGAUGAGAAAUACUACAAAUCGUCGGAGGUGAUUAAAUGUAAAGACGGAUCCAAGAAAUUCACCAGAGCUCAGCUCAACGAUGAUUUCUGCGAUUGCCCUGAUGCCACCGACGAGCCUGGUACUUCUGCUUGCCCCACCGGAAAGUUCUACUGUCAAAAUGUGGGUCACGCUCCUCUCCACCUAUUUUCAUCUAGAGUCAAUGAUGGUAUUUGCGACUGCUGUGAUGGCAGUGAUGAAUAUGAUGGUAAAGUAAAUUGCCCAAAUACAUGUUGGGAGGCUGGGAAAGUGGCUAGAGAUAAGCUGAAAAAGAAGAUUGCUACUUACCAAGAGGGAGUUGCAAUACGAAAACAGGAAGUUGAACAAGCAAAAUUAGCUAUGGCCAAAGAUGAGGCAGAACUUUUAAAGCUGCAAGGUGAAGAGAAAAUACUAAAGCGACUUGUUGAACAGCUCAGAGAGCGUAAAGAACAAAUAGAAAAGGCUGAGGAGAAGGAACGGUUACAGAAAGAAAAAGAAGAGCAGGAGAAAAAAGAAGCGGAAGAGAAAGCUAAGCAGGAGAAGACUAAAGCUGAUGAGGAAGCAAAGAAGGAAAAAUUUGAGGAUAUAGAGGAUGGCAGUGCUGAAGAGAAACCUAUAGAAAGUCCACAUGAUGAUAAUGUUGGGACUUUGGAGGAUCCACAUUCAUACCAGGAUACAGCCGAGGAACAUGAUGACUUAGCUACUAAAGAUGAUGAUACUCCUGAAAAUACAAAAUCUGUGGUUGAUGGUGUACAAGAGGAAGCAGUAAAGCAGAAGAAAGAGUCUGUCGCCACAACUGAACCUGACUUUGAUGGCGGAAGCAAGGUGCCUAAUGAUGAGGGAAAUGAUGCAGCAGAAAACACAGAGUCAUUGUCAAAGGAAGAGUUGGGCCGCCUUGUUGCUUCUCGCUGGACUGGGGAAGAUGCUACAAAGGAAUCAGGGGAAGUUGAUGUUACAAAGGAUUCCGAUCAUGAAGAUCAUGAAGAGUUGCCUAAGGAGACCUAUGUUGAACAGUCUGAUGGCUAUGCUUCAGAAACUGACGAGGACAACCAAAAGUAUGAUGAUGAAGAGGUACAGGAUGAGGCAGAUGAUGAUUUUGGCGCUGAGGAUCACAGUGAUUCUGGUUCUUCAUACAAAUACGAGUCAGACACUGAUUCAGACUUGUCUGAUGGAACAACCUCAAGUAACCCAUCUUGGCUGGACAAGAUACAAAACACUGUUCGGAACAUUCUGCAGGUUGUUAACUUAUUCCAGACACCAGUGAACCGAUCAGAGGCGGCUACUAUACGGAAGGAGUUUGACGAAUCCAGUGCCAAGUUGUCCAAGAUGGAGUCAAGAAUAUCAAGUUUGACGCAAAAGCUAAAACAUGAUUUUGGACCAGAUAAGGAGUUCUAUUUAUUCUAUGGUCGUUGUUUUGAAAGCAAGCAGAAUAAAUACGUCUACAAAGUGUGCCCAUAUAAGCAAGCUUCCCAGGUGGAGGGGCACUCAACAACUCGUCUAGGGAGCUGGGACAAAUUUGACUCAUAUAAAGUCAUGAUCUUUGCAAAUGGUGACAAGUGCUGGAAUGGGCCCGACAGAAGUCUAAAGGUCAGGCUUAAAUGUGGGUUGAAGAAUGAGGUUGCUGAUGUUGAUGAACCAAGCCGCUGCGAGUAUGUAGCAUUGUUAUCAACUCCAGCAAUUUGCUUGGAGGAAAAACUUCAGGAAUUGCAACAUAAAUUAGACAUGAUGAUCAAAGACCAACCACAAGCCCAUGAUGAACUUUAGAUUGUCGUGAUGCAACCUCUCUGAGAGCGGUUGGACGAGUCCGAGGAAGCGUCAAGUGUCCCCUCUGGAUCUUUAUGCUGUGAAUCAGAAUGGUGGGGAGCUCCAAAAUAGAAAGUCUACUUGUUUGUUGGCAAGAGCUGACACUAAAGGAUUGAUCCUGUGAUACAUUUUUGAAAUGAGCAAUUAGACUAGUGAUUCGAGAUAUGAUAUAAUGAUAUGGUUAUAACUUAUAAUGUAAUGUAGCUUCUAGAUAUUGUUACGAGGACAGUGAUUUUAGAUGAGGAAAUGGGAAAGGUGGGAGCAUAAUGGGGACAAUAGAAAUAAAGAAGGAUGUGUGUGUUGGUAACGAAGUCGGGGCAUUGGGAACAUGGUAAGAGGAGUUAUAAAACCCAUCGGAUUCCUGUUAACCCGGCUCCUGUUUACUUU